AUGACUGGUUGGGACGCCUACAUCUCCAACUUGACCGCCUCAUCGCCACACAUUCAACGCGCGGCUAUCGUCGGAUUUCCGGAUGGAUCCGUGUGGGCGCGCACAGAAGGGGGAAACAAGUUUGAGGCAACAGAGAAAGAACUGAAGAAACUGGUCGCCGGUUUCAACAACCCAAAUGACGUGCCUACUCAUGGAGCCGAUUUGGAGAAUGUUCACUACAUUGUACCCCAAGCGGAUGACGGUGUCAUCUUUGGCAAAAAGGACAAAUCCGGGUUCUUUGCAGCAAAAACACAAUCGGCAGUUCUCAUUGCCGUCUUCAAGGGAGAAUCAGCCGAAGGAACACAAAUUAGCAUCUUGUACAGCAAUAAAAUUUCGGCUAGUCAACUUCAACGACUAAUUUCUUUUUUCCGAUGUCCCUUGCUGCAACAAUGUGUGAUUCAUGGUGACUCGACGCAUUCUCAGCUUGUUGGCAUCAUUGUAUCGGAUCUAGAAACAUUUGUGCCAUUGUGCUCAACAUUUGGAUUCACCGGAUCGCUUAUGGAACUUUGUGAGGAUAAGGAAGUUAAAUCGAUAAUUGUGAAACGUUUGAAGAAGCACGGUCGACAAGAGGGACUUCACGGAUUUGAGCAGGUUUGGUUU